UGUGUUGAUGUUGAUUCAUUCAGGGUUUCAAUUUUGAUUGAUUUUGUUUUCUGUUUAGAUCUUUCGUCUUUCUGUAAAGAUAUUUACGUGUCCGUUCGAUGAAAUACCAAAUCUAUUCUCCUCACUCAGCUUUGAUAUGAUCUGAUUAGAAAUUUCUCUUUCAUCUUUCGUUGUGUGUAUGUGUCUUCUUGAUUUCCAAAGCUUAGACCUCUACUCUUAGCGUUCUGGGUUUAUGUGCUAUGCUUAAGAAUGAUUCUGUUUGUUGUCGAGUGUUUUUAGUUUGAAUUACGUAUGCCUUUUUAAAGCGUCUACGAGAACAUAAGCAGUUUUUAAAGUACUGAAGAUUUCCUAUAGGUACUAGAAAAUUUUGUUUUUUGCUUCGAGAUAACUUUGAUCCUUGUGUUCCCAUAGGUUUUGUUUGUUUGUAUGUAUGUUUAUUUUGGAUCUUACAACAGUACCUACAACUUUCUUUUUGAUUAUGGAGUUAAUGUACCUUGAAAGUUCAAAACAUAUUUGCAGGUCGUCAGCAUGGCGUUUCUUAGUAAAGUUGGGAAAAUAUUUAGUCAGAGUUCUGCAUCAAGGAUUGGUUCAAUUUCGCAACCUUCCCAGCUGUCUAUCUUUCAAGCUAUUAGAUUCAUGUCAAGUUCAAAAGUUUUUGUAGGAGGCCUUUCUUAUGGUACUGAUGAUCAUAGUCUGAGGGAAGCCUUCACUAAGUAUGGGGAAGUAGUUGAAGCGAGAGUCAUAUUGGAUCGUGAUACUGGUAGAUCCAGAGGUUUUGGUUUUGUCACUUUCGUUGGCAACGAAGAAGCCUCCAGUGCUAUUCAAGCACUGGAUGGACAGGAUCUCCAUGGCCGUCGCAUUAGGGUAAACUUUGCAACUGAAAGGUCUCGUGGUAGCUUUGUUGGUGGUGGUGGUGGAUACAGCGGCGGUGGUGGUUAUGGAAGUGCAGAUUAUAAUCGCAGUAGUGCAUCCCAGGGAGGGGACAACUAUUUUUCUGCCGAUUCUGGUUCAGACUUCACCAGUAACCAUCAGAGUGGCGGUGGACUGGAUUCUGGAGAUAAUACUCGGGAUGAUUUUUUGGGCGGAGGGAAGUCUGGGGAUGAGGAUAACAACGACGACUAUGCCAAAAGGGCUUGAGGAAAUUAGUUGCUGUGUGAAAACAAAUUGCUUUUAUUUAGUGUAAUGUUUUAUGCCUCGUAUCUCUGAACCCAAAAGGCCCUGCGUUGAUUUUUAUCUUGUUUGACAUGUUAUUCAUCAAACAUGUUAUUCAUCAAACAUGUUAUUCAGAAUCAUUCUUGACUUCAAACCCCAAGUUUUAUCGAUGAGUUUCUUGCCUUUGACUGGGGAUUAAGAAUGAAUGUCAACCUCUGUUUUAAAACGACAUCUAGAAUUCCCGUAGUCGUACGGAAAUGGUCUUCAUAUA